AUGACCAGUACAAUGGUGGAAUCCUCAACUAUCCUAGUAAAUUCAUGGAUUCAUAGGAUUCAAAGUGAGGGUGGAGUUGCAGACAUAGAAAUUUAUGAGGAUAUAAGAAGACUUUCAGGGGAAAUUAUUUCAAGGGCUUGUUUUGGCAGCAAUUAUUCCAAAGGGGAAGAGAUAUUCUCAAAACUUAGAGCUCUUCAAGCACUCGUGUCUGACAAAAGCUUGCUCUCUGCCAUCCCCGGAAUGAGAUGUCUUCCAACUAAGCGUAAUCGAAAAAUACAGAGUUUGGGAAAAGAAUUCGAGAAAUGCUUCUCAAGAUAUGUGGACCCUGAUGUUGUUGGCUUUGAAUCCAGAAUGGCAGACUCGUGUCGUGCUGAAAUAUCUGAAGUUUGUGGCAAGCAAUUGCCCAAUGCUGCUAUUCUUCCAAAGAUGAAAACGCUGACAAUGGUGAUUAAUGAGUCGAUGAGACUAUACCCUACCGCGCCAAUUAUCACAAGGGAGGCAUUGCAAGAAAUGAAAUUUGGUGGCCUAACUAUUCCAAAAGGAGUUACCAUUUGGACUUUUUUGCCAAUGUUGCAUCAAGACCCUGAAAUAUGGGGACCUGAUGCUAACAAGUUCAACCCUGAGAGGUUUGCCAAUGGAGUCACUGCAGCAUGCAAGCUUCCACAGGUGUUCAUGCCGUUUGGUUUUGGUCCUCGCUUGUGUUUGGGGAUGCCAUUUGCAUUGCAGAACUCAAAAUUCUGCUAA